ACUAUGAAGUCUAAGCCCAACUGUGCUCAGAAUCCAAACUGUAGCAUAAUGAUAUUUCAUCCAACCAAAGAAGAGUUUAAUGAUUUUGAUAAGUAUAUUGCUUACAUGGAAUCCCAAGGGGCACACAGAGCUGGCCUGGCCAAGGUAAUUCCACCCAAGGAAUGGAGAGCCAGGCAGUCUUAUGAUGAUGUCAGUGACAUCUUAAUAGCCACUCCCCUGCAGCAGGUGGUCUCUGGGAAGGCAGGUAUGUUCACUCAAUACCACAAAAAGAAGAAAGCCAUGACAGUGGGAGAGUAUCACCUCCUGGCAAACAGCGAAAAGUAUAGAACUCCCCCACACCUGAAUUUUGAAGAUCUGGAGAGAAAGUACUGGAAGAACCGCCUGUAUGACUCACCAAUUUAUGGUGCUGACAUCAGUGGCUCCUUAUUUGAUGAAAGCACUAAAGAGUGGAACCUGGGGCACUUGGGAACCAUUCAGGACCUGUUGGAACAGGAAUGUGGAGUUGUCAUUGAGGGUGUCAACACGCCCUACCUGUACUUUGGCAUGUGGAAGACCACUUUUGCAUGGCACACGGAGGACAUGGACCUUUACAGCAUCAACUACUUGCACUUUGGGGAGCCCAAAACGUGGUACGCGGUGCCCCCUGAACACGGUCAGCGCCUGGAGCGCCUGGCCAGGGACCUUUUCCCGGGCAGUUCCCAGGGCUGUGAGGCCUUCCUAAGACACAAGGUGGCCCUCAUCUCGCCCACAGUCCUCAAGGAGAAUGGCAUUCCCUUCAAUCGCGUGACUCAGGAGGCUGGUGAGUUCAUGGUGACAUUUCCCUAUGGCUACCAUUCUGGCUUCAACCAUGGUUUCAACUGUGCGGAAGCCAUCAAUUUCGCCACUCCGAGGUGGAUUGAUUAUGGCAAAGUGGCGUCUCAGUGCAGCUGUGGGGAGGCCAGGGUCAGCUUCUCCAUGGACGCCUUUGUGCGCAUCCUGCAACCCGAGCGCUAUGAGCUGUGGAAAUGCGGACAAGACAGGGCCGUAGUGGACCACACUGAGCCUACAGCGCCUGGUAGACAGGCGUUGACCACCUGGAGGGACGUCCUUUCACGUAGGAAAGCUUCCCCCAGCCUGAAACAUCUCCCACUCCGCCAGGCCUCACAAUCUGCUCUGCCUGAGUCCGCCACUGGUGAGACCCACUGCAGUGCUCAGGUGUGCCCGAUGCCCAACUUACCAUCGGCAGCUAGAAGUGCUGCAGUUCAGCCCAGGGCCACAGUCCACAGCUCCCAGGGGCCUGAAACAGUCCCGCCACCGACCCUGCAUCCGUCAGUUCUGACUGGCAGACGUGGUCGUGGUCGUCGUCCUAGGGAACUAAGGGUUCAGGAACAGACUUCUCAGGUUCCAGCCAAGAGACGCCUGUCUGCUGGCACAGCCAGCAUAGCUCUGGACCCAGAGCGUCGGCUCAAAACUGCUCAUGGAGAUUUGAUGAUCAAUCCUGAACCUCUAAGCCCUGGGCUGCAGCACCCUGCUAUGACCCCUAAGCCCUGA